AUGGCUCUACUGAGAUCCUACCACUCCCAGCGCUUCUGCAGCGCAGCCCUCGGAGCCUGCGGCAGAAGUGCCCUCGUGCCGGCGCGAUCCUUCUCGACGUCCACCGCCGUCGGAAAACAGCAACGGGCACCACCGCGGCAAUCCAGCAAAGAAGCGGAACCAAUCUUCACAAAGAACGUACAGGUACCGACUGAUGUCGCCGUCAUCGGUGGUGGCAUCGCGGGCCUGACGACCGCGCACUACCUGGCCAAGCUGCUCCCCGAGACGUCCAACAUCACCGUGUACGAGGCAGGGAACCGGUUGGGCGGGUGGAUCGACACGCAGGAGGUCGAGGUCGAGGUCAAUGGCAAGAAGAAUAAUGUGCGCUUCGAGCGCGGGCCGAGGACGCUGCGCGGUAUGGGCAAGGAUACAUGGAAAUUUGACGACCUCGUGCUCUUUGAUCUGAUCAGAGACCUCGAAAUGCAAGGCGAAUACCUAGGCAUCAAGUCCCCGCCCCGGUACAUCUACUACCCGGACCAUCUCGUCGAGAUACACCCGCGCAACGUCUUCCGCGAGGCCGCCUUCAAAGGCAUCAUCCCGGGCUUCCUGAACGUCAUGUGGCGCCGCUCACAGGCCCGCCAGGAGCAUCGGCCGUCCGACAUGUCAGUCAGCGACUUCAUCGCUCGCUAUGUCGGACGCCCCGAGCUGACGGACAACCUGGCGUCGGCCAUGAUCCACGGGAUCUGGGGCGGCGACGCGGACAAGCUGAGCAUGCGCAGCUUCAUGCCUGGGCCGUGGCACCGCUUCUUUAACAUGCCGGCCAGCAAGGAGGACUGGAUCUUGUUUCCACGGAGCGAGGUCGGAUUGCUGCAUACGUUGGGCGUCGAUCCGGAGCUGCGCGGCUACUUGAAGAGUGCUCAGAAGGACCAGCUCGUCUUCUUCGAGAAGGGCAUGAGCAGUCUGCCGAAUACUAUUGCGGAGCGCCUGAGGAAGAGGAAGAACGUCACGAUCAAGAUGGGCGAACCCGUCACCGGCCUCGAGUAUGAUUGCAAAGGCUCCAAAGUUCUGCUCUCAUCACCCAAGUCGGCCUCCCCGACAUCAUACGACAAGGUGGUUUCCACCACUACAAGCAAGGCCCUCCAUGCCGUGACAAAUGACGCCUUACCCUCCCUCGCAAGCUCGCCCAACGUCUCCAUCAUGGCCGUAAACUUGUGGUACCCGCAGCCUAACCUCAACGCCUCCCAUCCGGGCGUCGGCUACCUCGUGCCUCGCGCAACCGACUCCAACCUCGAAGGCCUCCUCGGCGUCUUCUUCGACUCGGACGUCGUCCCCUGCGCCCCCGACGAGCCAGAGGGCACCAAAUUUUUCGUCCUCAUGGGCGGUCACUACUGGAACGACCUCCCCGCGGGCUCGUACCCCACUGAGCAAGAAGGCAUCGAGAUGGCCAAAUCCGUCCUCGAGCGCCACCUCGGCAUCCCCAAAACCCAACCCGCCUUCGCCAUGGCCCACCUCGCAAAGGACUGCAUCCCGCAGCACCACGUCGGCCACUGGGAACAAAUGGGCCGUGCGAGCUACGAGCUGCAAGACGCUUUCGGUGGCCAGCUCGCCGUCGCGGGCGGCUCGUACACGAAUAUUGGCGUCACGGGCGCCAUCCGCGCCGGCUACGAUAUGGCGGUGCACAUUGCGCAGUCCGCGCAGGCCCACGUGGGCGACACGGGUCUCGCGCAGUUCGAGUGGUCCAAGUUGGAGCUGUUCGAAACCUCUCGGACUGGACUGCGCCAUAUCGGGCGUGAUAUCGAGGAGACGAUCGGAUGGAGGAACUACGUCCGCUGA